CCCCCCCCCCCCCCCCCCCCCCCCCCCCCCCCCGAAUAAUCCAAGAUCAACUCUGCAAACAACAGAAGACGGUUCAUGGCUCUAGCCACCGCUCCACCAUCUUUCGGGCUGCUGAGGUUAUUAUUGCCGAUUAAUCAACAGAUAUACAGAUCAGCUCUCAAAAUGUCUUCUGUGUCUUCCGUGCAUCUUCUAAGACAAUUGCAUUAGCCUCCUGCUAGUUGACUAAUAGAAUUAAUAAUUGUAAAAAGCACUCUAAAGCCACAUGCCUUAUGAAGUCAAUGCUGGGUAUGAUUUUACAAAUAUGGUCCGGAAAAAGAAUCCCCCUCUGAGAAACAUUGCUAGUGAAGGCGAGGCACAGACCCUCGAACCUAUAGGUACGGAGAACAAGGUAUCUGGAAGGAAUAAAGACUUUUCUGCAGAUCAGAUGCCAGAAAAUACUGAUCAGAGUGACAGUGCAGAAGUGAACAAUAAGGAGGGCCAUUGCCUGCAUGUCCAAGAUUCAUCUUCCAGCAUUAAGAAGGACUUAAAAAGCUCAGUCCUGAAUGAGAAGGCUGGCUUCAAUUAUGAAAGCCACAGUAAGGGAGGAAACAUUUCAUCCUUCCCUCAUGAUGAGGUGACAGACAGAAAUAUGUUGGCUUUCUCAUCUCCAGCUGCUGGGGGAGUCUGUGAGCCCUUCAAGUCUCCUCUAAGAUCAGAUACAGAUGACACCCAAGAUAUAGCCUGCACCCCAUCGGGGGAUCCCCUGGAGACAAAUGAAGAACAAAAGAUGUCGCCUAAGGCUACAGAGGAGACAGGUCAAGCUCAGAGUGGUCAAACCGAUUGUCCAGGCUCCAGCCCAACUUCAGCGGCCUCAAAAAACCCACAAGUGCCUUCAGAUGGGGGUGUAAGACUGAACAAAUCCAAAACUGACUUACUGGUUAAUGAUAAUUCAGAUACAGCACCUCUGUCUCCAGAGCUUCAGGACUUCAAAUGUAACAUCUGUGGAUAUGGCUAUUAUGGCAAUGACCCCACAGAUCUCAUUAAGCACUUCCGCAAGUAUCACCUUGGAUUGCACAACCGCACCAGGCAGGAUGCUGAGCUUGACACCAAAAUCUUGGCCCUCCACAACAUGGUGCAGUUCAGCCACUCCAAAGACUUCCAGAAAGUCAACCGCACUAUGCUUUCCGGUGUGCUCCAGGACAUCAAUUCCUCCAGGCCUCUUUUACUAAAUGGGACCUACGAUGUACAGGUCACUUCAGGUGGAACUUUCAUUGGCAUUGGACGCAAAACUCCUGAUUGCCAAGGAAACACCAAGUACUUUCGCUGUAAAUUCUGCAAUUUCACAUACAUGGGCAACUCAUCAACUGAACUAGAGCAACACUUUCUACAGACUCACCCAAAUAAAAUAAAGGCUUCUCUCCCCUCUUCUGAAUCUGGGAAAUCUUCUGAGAAAAACUCUAAUAAGUCCAGCCCCACUCUUCGAGAUUCUGGAGACUUGGGAAAGUGGCAAGACAAAAUUACCGUGAAAGCAGGAGAUGACACUCCUGUGGGUUACUCAGUGCCCAUCAAACCCAUUGAUUCUUCUAGACAAAAUGGUACAGAUGCUACCAGUUACUAUUGGUGUAAAUUUUGUAGUUUCAGCUGCGAAUCAUCCAGCUCCCUCAAACUGUUGGAACAUUAUAAUAAACAGCAUGGGGGAGGACAGUCAGGAGGCCUUAAUCCAGACUUGAAUGAUAAGCUUUCCAGGGGCACUGUCAUUAACCAGAAUGAUCUAGCCAAAAAUACAGAGGGGGACCCAGUAACUAAGGCAGAAAAGGGCUCCAGUGCAGCUAAAAAGAAAGACUUCUCUAGUAAAGGAGCAGAGGAUAAUGUAGUGACAAGUUACAAUUGUCAGUUUUGUGACUUCAGGUACUCCAAGAGCCAUGGUCCUGAUGUAAUUGUGGUGGGGCCACUCCUUCGUCAUUAUCAACAACUACACAAUAUUCACAAAUGUACCAUUAAGCACUGUCCAUUCUGCCCCAGAGGCCUUUGUAGCCCUGAAAAGCACCUUGGAGAAAUUACUUAUCCAUUUGCUUGUAGAAAGAGUAAUUGUUCCCACUGUGCGCUCUUACUCUUGCACCUGUCUCCUGGGGCCACUGGAAGCUCCAGAGUUAAACAUCAGUGCCAUCAAUGCUCAUUCUCUACGCCCGAUGUUGAUGUUCUCCUGUUUCAUUAUGAGAAUGUGCAUGAAUCCCAGGCGUCUGAUGUCAAACAAGAAGCAAAUCACCUGCAAGGGACAGAUGGGCAUCUGACUGUCAAAGAAAACAAAGAACACUCAUGUACCAAAUGUGACUUUAUUACCCAGGUGGAAGAAGAGAUUUUCCGACACUACAGGAGAGCACAUAACUGCUAUAAAUGCCGUCAGUGCCGCUUCACAGCUGCUGAUACCCAGUCACUACUAGAGCACUUCAACACUGUGCAUUGCCAAGAAUCGGAUAUCACUACGGCCAAUGGAGAAGAGGAUAGUCAUAGUGUGUCUGCUAUCAAGGAGGAGCCCAAAAUUGACCUCAAGGUCUAUAGUCUAAUCAAUCCAGAUUCUAAAAUGGGGGAGCCAGUCUCUGAUGCCAUAGUGAAGAGAGAGAAACUGGAAGACAAGGAAGGGCUUAAGGACAAAGGUUGGACUGAUGGUUCCAGUGAUGAUCUUAGAAAUGUGACCUGGAGAGGGACAGAAAUUUUAAGAGGUAGCCCAUCCUAUACUCAAGCAAGCUUAGGUCUCCUGACUCCUGUGUCUGGUACACAGGAGCAGCCGAAGACUUUAAGGGAUAGCCCUAAUGUAGAAGCUGCCCAUCUGGCACGACCUAUUUAUGGCUUGUCUGUUGAGACCAAGGGAUUCAUGCAAGGAGUGCCCACUGGAGGAGGAGAGAAAUCUGGAUCCCUUACACAGCAGUAUCCUGCAUCAGGUGAAAACAAGUCUAAGGAUGAGUCACAGUCCCUGCUACGGAGACGUAGAGGCUCGGGUGUUUUCUGUGCCAAUUGCCUGACCACAAAGACCUCUCUCUGGCGAAAGAAUGCCAAUGGCGGCUACGUAUGCAACGCGUGUGGCCUCUACCAGAAGCUCCACUCGACUCCCAGGCCUUUAAACAUCAUCAAACAGAACAACGGUGAGCAGAUCAUUAGGAGACGGACGAGAAAGCGCCUUAACCCAGAGGCACUUCAGGCUGAGCAGCUAAACAAACAGCAGAGGGGUAGUGGUGAGGAGCAAGUCAAUGGAAGCCCGUUAGAGAGGAGGUCAGAGGAUCAUUUAACUGAAGGUCACCAGAGAGAAAUUCAGCUCCCCAGCCUGAGUAAAUAUGAGGCCCAGGGUUCAUUGACUAAAAGCCAUUCUGCUCAGCAGCCAAUGUUGGUCAGCCAAACUCUGGAUAUUCACAAAAGGAUGCAACCUUUGCACAUUCAGAUAAAAAGUCCUCAGGAAAGUACUGGAGACCCAGGAAAUAGUUCAUCAGUAUCCGAAGGUAAAGGAAGUUCUGAGAGAGGCAGUCCAAUAGAAAAAUACAUGAGACCUGCGAAACAUCCAAAUUAUUCACCACCAGGAAGCCCUAUUGAAAAGUACCAGUACCCAAUUUUUGGACUUCCAUUUGUACACAAUGACUUCCAGAGUGAAGCAGAUUGGCUGCGAUUCUGGAGUAAAUAUAAGCUGUCAGUUCCUGGGAAUCCGCACUACUUGAGUCAUGUGCCUGGCCUACCAAACCCUUGCCAAAACUAUGUGCCUUAUCCCACCUUUAAUCUGCCUCCUCAUUUUUCAGCUGUUGGAUCAGACAAUGACAUUCCUCUAGAUUUGGCGAUCAAGCAUUCCAGACCUGGGCCAACUGCAAAUGGUGCCUCCAAGGAAAAAACUAAGGCUCCAUCAAAUGUAAAAAAUGAAGGUCCCUUGAAUGUAGUAAAAACAGAGAAAGUUGAUAGAAGUACUCAAGAUGAACUUUCAACAAAAUGUGUGCACUGUGGCAUUGUCUUUCUGGAUGAAGUGAUGUAUGCUUUGCAUAUGAGUUGCCAUGGUGACAGUGGACCUUUCCAGUGCAGCAUAUGCCAGCAUCUUUGCACGGACAAGUAUGACUUCACCACUCACAUCCAGAGGGGCCUACAUAGGAACAAUGCACAAGCCGAAAAAAAUGGAAAACCUAAAGAGUAAAACCUUAGCACUUAGCACAAUUAAAUAGAAAUAGGUUUUCUUGAUGGGAAUUCAAUAGCUUGUAAUGUCUUAUGAAGACCUAUAAAAAACACUUCAUAGAGCCUACCUUAUCCAGUAUAAAAGCCCUCAUUAUUUACCUUUUUUCCCCCUUCUUUUCUUUUGAUGUGUGGGUUACCAAGAUUCAAAAGUGAAAUGAAUAGUGGUCAAUGGAAAAGGAAGAUGAUAGCAAUUAGCAUCUGGAACCCGAUAAAGCAAAAGUAUCUUGGAUAAAGUGUACCAUGAUAUAUAUCCCUGAGAAAUACCUCUAGACCUCAGUUAUUCUGUUUGUUCAGAAUGAACAAAAAUAUGUCUAUGUACAUGUAUGCAGUGUAUGUGAAUACAUACAUAUACAUGUAUACAUAAAAUGGUGAUAUAAUAAGGGACUGACCUGAUUACUUAUUAAGAAACUCAGAAAUAGUGGCCUAAUUUUUUUUUUAAUGAUAACAUAAAAUCUUGUACAUAAAAGAGGGAUAAAAGAGAUAUUCAGAGAUCUUCUUUUCUUCAGGGCAGCUAAUAGAAUGGCAAAAGUUGAAUCGUGAAUAAGUGCCCUAACCACCCUCAUUGGUAAAAUUUCUUAUUUGAACACAAAAAUGCAAGUUGGGGUUAGGUUUGUGUGAGGAGAAGCAGCAAGGGAAAAAUGGAGAUGGGAGCAAAACGUCUUCAGCUAGCCUGCCUAUAAUAUUUAUGUCCAUUAGCUAUGUCCAAAUGUUCAAUAGUCAUUUAGUUUGCAAUUUGGGGUAAGUUGGGCUCCGUUGUAUGCAUUGUUAUAAACACUGUCCUUAAAGCUUCCGUAGUAAUUUCACCUGGGCCUUUCUUUUCUCGGGUGAAGAACCAGAUCUUUUCUUAGACACUACUUGGUCACUAACCUCACCUGGCACAAUAUAAUGAAAGGAAUCCCUUCAGUUCAAACAGCUCGAUGAAUAAUAAGAUCAUAUCAUGGGCCUGAUUUGUAGAGAACAUUAUCUCCACAGGGUAACCUGCUGUAUUUAUUUAUUUUUCCUGGUUAAAUAUACUUUCAAAACUUUGUGGUUAGGCAGAGUCUAAGGUUACUUUUACCACAGACUGACAGUUGGUAUAUAUACUGGUCAAUCCCUUCAGAAGACUUCUUCCAGGUAUAGCUAAAUAGCAUUGAAUAGAAUUCUUAGAAGUAUGUCCUCAUAGUACUUUUAAUACUUAAGGCUUUAUAAAACUAUCCAUGAAGGGAAAGCUCCUCAGCAUAACUGCUCAGGGAAAUAGGGCUCAAUAACUGAACAUUAAAUAAUUGGUUAAAGGUGCUGUUAGACGAUCCUCAAUGCUUGCUACAAGGAUGUACAAGGACUGACUUUAAUAAUUUGCAUUAUAUUGUCCCAACCAGUAGUUUAUUAUUAUUGUUGUUAUUAUUAUUUUGCCACGGAGAUGUAGAAGAUAUUACAAGCUACUGGAUGCACUGUCAGAUUAACUUAUUUCAUUAAAGAAGUUGGGAGAACAAAUAGAAAAAAAAACUUAUUUUUCUAGUAAAUAUUAAUGUAUUACAUUUCAAAUAAUGGUGCCUGACAUAUUGAAUAAUUAUUUUCUACAGUGUACGUAUGCAACAAAGAUAUUCCAUCAUGCAUUAGAGUCAGUUCUGGCUCUGCCUCGCUGUUUACAUUUGCAAAUGUAGCAAACAAGGUAAUGAAGCAACUCUUUCUAUUGCAGUAGAUAUCUUCUUUUUUUUGUGUGUGUGUGCAUUAAAGUUGUAAACGGUAACAUGAAAUGAAUGAAAUUUCUUGAUAUAA